AGAAAACAUGAUAGUCCACAUGGUAAAUGGACAGUUAUGAGAGUUUUGUCUUUAUGUUCUUGGUGUGUUCGUGUCAGUAACGUCAGAGUGAAGGCCAAUACUUACUUGAUACUUCCAGGGCUCAGAGUUACUCAUUUCUCUUCACUAAUGUCAUCUGAUGUCCCUACGCGCGGCCAAACCGAUUCUGCUCAGUGUUCAGAAGACACGUGGAGCAUCACUUAUGUUACUGGGGACCUGUUCUCCUGCCCCCGGGACGAGUCCUUGGCCCACUGCAUCAGUGAGGACUGCCGCAUGGGGGCAGGCAUCGCUGUCAUGUUCAAGAAGAAGUUUGGUGGAGUGGAGGAAUUAAAGAAACAGGGGAGACAGGUGGGGCAGUGCGCUGUGCUGGAAAGAGACAGCCGCUUUGUGUACUACCUGAUUACAAAGAAAAUAUACAGCCACAAACCAACAUAUGACAGUCUGAAACAAAGCUUAGAAGAUAUGAAGUCUCAUUGUGCUGAGUAUGGGGUAUCCAAAGUGUCAAUGCCCAGGAUUGGCUGUGGCCUGGACAGACUGCAUUGGGGACGGGUUUCUGACAUUCUGAAGGAGGUUUUUGAACACUCAAAUAUUUCAAUCACUGUUUACAGCCUCCCUGAGAAAACUGAGACCACAGUGAUGAGAGAAUCCAAAAGAGAGGCUCCUCGAAAGCGUAAACAUUAAGGCUACUUUAUGCUGCAGUUUAAUUUUCUAUGAAAAUGGAAUUUUAUUUACAAUAAUUUACA